CAUUUGCUUGCUUGCUCGGCUAUAGCAACAACGCUCUAACUCCAGAAAAUUUGAAGAGAUUUGACAACGGGCUAGCAUUUGCACAGGGUCUUCUCAAGGGUGUAUUGUUUCGAAGUUCAGCCUCGUAACGAAGUUCAUGAAGAGAUACAGGAUGUGCACUGGAAAAUGCUCCAAAUGCAUUGGGAUUGCCCUCCUGCCUCUGGCUGUCUGCGCUAUCGUCUCCAAUCUCCUCCUCUACUUCCCUAAUGGAGAAGUGUUGGAACCACGCAGGAUCACGGACCUGGUCUGGUUCUUCCACGGUAUUCUUGGAGCUGGAAUAUUGGUUUUCUUGCCAGCAUUUAUGAUAUUGGGUGCGGGUGAAGCCAAAUGCUGCGCUAACAGGUGUGGGAUGGUCCUCUCUCUCGUCUUUGCUGUGCUUGGAGCUGUCGGUGGACUGUACUGUGUGAUCAUCUCAUCCUUGGGGUUAAUUAGUGGUCCUCUCUGUGAUAUUGGUGAUGAAGUAUACAUCUACCCUUUCAGGAAUGACAGCUUAGUGGACAAUUAUUUGUUUAACCAGACAACCUGGAGCGUCUGCAAAAAACCCGAAAAUAUCAUCCUUUGGAACAUUGUGUUGUUUUCCCUCCUGCUGGCAAUCGGCUUGGCUGAAGCUAUCCUCUGCCUCAUCCAAGUGGUCAACAGUCUCAUCGGGUUCAUACGUGGCUUGAGGGAAAGAAAGACGGAUAUUGCAGGAAUGUGACCGGCCUACGAAGAAGACGAAAGACAAAUAACCAACAGCCAACAUGUGUAAAGUCAGGAUAGUGUGUGUUGUAUAUUUAUAGCCGUGGUGGGGAGCCUGGGGCCCUCCAGAUAUUGCUGGAUUCCCAACUCCCAUCAGCUCCAGCCAGCAUGGCCAAUGGUCAGGAAUCAUGCGAGUUGCAUGUAACCUGGGAAUAUCUGGAGAGUCACAGGUUCCCCACCUCAGAUUUACAGGAAUCAGAAACACAGCGGAUUCUUAUAACCACAGAAAGAAUCCCAAAACGUUCUUUUUUAUAUAUAAAGUUAAACACUAUAUAGGUAGGGGGAAAGGUUGUGUGUAAUUUAUUUAGGACUUUUCUGAGAUUAUACUAGAUGGACCAUUGGCCUGAUCCUGCAGCC